GGGGAACGAACGUUCCAAAGCCCCAGCAGCUGCUUUCGCUUGCAGGCUAUUAUUUUUUCCUCUCUCUUUUGCAUCUGUAUAUUUUAGGAAAGGGGCAAAACAGUGGAGGGGGGGCGUUGUGUUGGGGAAAGCUGAGGGGAGGGCUUGCAAUCGGUGCAGUCAGCCCACCGGAAGGCAUUUAUUUAUUUUUAUUUUUUGAGGAGGGGGAGAAGGGGAAAAAAGAGGCAGGGGCUUUUCUUUGUGUUUCGCAAUUUUCCUUUGGAUUUAGCCUCCCAAAAAAGGGAGAAGAGGUGAAGCUUUCCUCCCUUAUGCAUCCUAUGCAAUCAUAGGCUGUGUGUGCCUGCUUUUAACGUGGGCUUUGAAAGGGGAGGAUUUUUUUUUGUAUUUUUAGUGCAUGAAGAAUCUCUGGUGCAUUUUAAUUUAAUUUUGGGGGGUGGGUAAAAUGGGACCUGCAGCUGCUUAAAGGCACAGCUGGCAGGGGAGGUGGGAGCUGCUGCUGAGGGGCAAAAGCAGAGGACCUUCUUGGUGCAUCUGAUGCAUUUUUAAACAGCUGGGGAGACACCACCAACAACCCCAGCCCUCCAUUUGACUUGUUGUGCAGAGUGGGCAUGAGCCAGCAUGGCAAACCAUGGGUUUUGUUGCCAUCUUUGCCUCUGGGGGUUAGAAGCCUCUUGAUUUCACUCUGGGACUUUGAAGCUUUCAAGCAGCCACCACAUUAGAAAGAGGAAAAAUAGAGAAAGGUGCAAGGGAUUUAUUAUUACUUUAUUUUUUUAGUUCUUAGCUUUUGUUACAUUCUGCAUCCUCAUUUCCCCCAAAGAAACAGGCCUUCAGCUUUGGGCUUUGCAUUUUUAUUUUAUUUUAUCCCCCCCCCCCCACCUGGAGAUAGGGAUUAAACUGAAAGGUUUGGAGGCUUUCUUCCCCCUUCCUUUUAGCCUUUGGGGGAAAGAGCAAAGGCUUGGGUUGUGUCAAGCUGCAACCUCAGUCUCUUUUAUUUUAUUUUUAUUUUUGGGGUGAUUUUUGAGGAAGGCAAAAAACAAACAAACAUGGAGGCUGUGAUAGAGAAGGAAUGUAGUGCUCUUGGAGGACUCUUCCAGACCACCAUCAGUGACAUGAAGGGAAGCUACCCGGUUUGGGAAGAUUUCAUCAACAAAGCAGGGAAACUGCAGUCUCAGCUUAGGACUACGGUAGUAGCAGCAGCUGCCUUCUUGGAUGCAUUUCAGAAAGUGGCUGAUAUGGCGACCAACACACGUGGUGCUACCAGAGAAAUUGGUUCGGCUCUGACCAGAAUGUGCAUGAGGCACAGAAGCAUAGAGUCCAAGCUCAGACAGUUUUCAAGUGCUUUAAUUGACUGCCUGAUAAACCCACUACAAGAGCAGAUGGAAGAGUGGAAGAAAGUGGCCAAUCAACUGGACAAAGACCAUGCAAAAGAAUACAAGAAAGCCCGCCAGGAGAUAAAAAAGAAAUCUUCAGACACACUGAAACUGCAGAAGAAAGCAAAGAAAGCUGAGGCAUUGGGGAGAGGAGACAUCCAGCCUCAGCUGGACAGUGCAUUGCAGGAUGUGAAUGAUAAAUACCUACUUCUUGAAGAAACAGAGAAACAGGCUGUUAGAAAAGCCCUAAUUGAAGAACGUGGCAGAUUCUGCGCAUUCAUUUCUAUGCUACGGCCUGUGAUUGAAGAAGAAAUAUCAAUGUUGGGAGAAAUAACUCAUCUGCAAACUAUAUCAGAAGAUCUGAAAAGCCUCACCAUGGACCCACACAAGCUGCCACCAUCCAGCGAACAGGUAAUUCUAGAUUUGAAAGGUUCUGAUUAUGGCUGGUCCUAUCAGACUCCUCCAUCUUCUCCAAGUACCACCAUGUCCAGGAAAUCCAGCGUUUGCAGCAGUCUGAACAGUGUUAACAGUAGUGACUCCCGGUCAAGCGGCUCGCACUCACACUCACCCAGUUCACACUAUCGCUACCGCAGCUCCAAUCUGCCUCAGCAGGCACCCAUGAGGCUUUCCAGCGUGUCCUCGCACGACUCCGGAUUCAUGUCCCAGGAUGCGUUUCAGUCCAAAUCACCAUCCCCGAUGCCACCAGAAGCACCCAACCAGCAGAAUUCGUCCAGCUCAGCCUCCUCAGAAGCCUCUGAAACGUGCCAGUCAGUGAGCGAGUGCAGUUCGCCCACCUCUGUCAGCUCAGGCUCCACCAUGGGGGCUUGGGCCUCCACAGAGAAGUUGUCUAAUGGGUAUUAUCACUGUAGUUUGUCAAGUGGCCCGCCCCUAGCCUCAGUUGGUGCAGGUCCUCCCCCUCAUGUCCCGUCUGUUUCUCACGCAUGGACCCGGGCUUCCUCCUCCACCCUCCUUCCAGACUACGCUCAUUAUUACACCAUUGGGCCAGGCAUGUUACCAUCAUCUAAGAUCCCUAGCUGGAAGGAUUGGGCUAAACCAGGUCCUUAUGACCAGCCCAUGGUAAACACUUUGCAACGCCGCAAGGAAAAACGAGAAAUAGAUUCUGCUGGGGGUGCACAGAGUGGACCACCUCUGUCCACGGAGGAAGCCCAAAGACCCCGGAGCAUGACCGCAUCAGCUGCUGCAAGGCAAGGAGAGGAGAUGGAGGCAUGUGAAGAGCUGGCUCUUGCUCUGAGCCGUGGGCUACAGUUAGAUACCCAGAGAAGCAGUCGGGAUUCCUUGCAGUGUUCCAGUGGCUACAGCACCCAGACAACCACACCAUGCUGCUCAGAGGAUACCAUUCCCUCACAAGUUUCAGAUUACGACUACUUUUCUGUCAGUGGUGACCAGGAGCCAGAACAGCAAGAAUUUGACAAGUCUUCAACGAUUCCAAGAAACAGCGAUAUCAGUCAGUCUUACCGUCGCAUGUUUCAUGCCAAGCGCCCUGCUUCCACUGCAGGCCUCCCCACCACACUGGGGCCUGUGAUGGUUACACCAGGUGUAGCAACCAUCCGACGGACCCCUUCUACCAAACCGGCUGUCAGACGUGGGACUAUCGGGGCAGGCCCAAUCCCUAUUAAGACACCUGUGAUUCCAGUCAAAACACCAACUGUACCAGACAUACCAGGAGGACUACCAAGCUUGCCGGCAGGAACAGAAGAAAGCCCUGAACCAAGUCCCGAGGCUGGAAGUGGCAGCCAAGGAGCUGUGGGCACAUCCUCAUCAUGGAGCAAUCAAGCAUCUGUCAACCCUCCAGCCGUGGCCCAGAAGCCAAGCGCCAUAGAGGAGCUGAGACAGACCACCACCGAAAGUGAGGGAGAGGAAAGCGAAAGGGGGAGCCCAGGCCUCACUGCUCCUCCUUGUCAGCCAGCACCUCAGUUGGGAGUCCAGAAUGCCAGCGAGGCCCCACAAGGCGAAGAUAUGCUGAAUGCGAUUCGCCGAGGUGUUAAGCUGAAGAAGACCACCACGAAUGAUCGGUCAGCACCCCGCAUUUCUUAAAAGCUGGACCACUGCCAGAGUUGCAUCUUAACACAGAGACUUGAACUACCUGAUGAAAUCGUCUUUUGUCUCUCUAUUCAUUCCACUGUACAAUCAAGGUUUUGUAGGAUGCUCAGUAUCAGACAGAUGAAACGUUCUAUAAAGUGGAGGGAGGGAGAGAAUUUGCAAACUAAAAUCCUUAAGGAGCAACAUUUUUCUGUCUCAUAAGGUUUUUUUUCUUUCCAUUUUUGUAAAUAUGGGAUUUUUUUGCCUGCUUUUUUUUUAAAAAAAAUCAGCAUUUCCCUUUUAUUUUUUCCCCUGAAGGUGCCAAAUCCCAUUUAACUUUUUUAUAACUCUUUAUAAGUUUUACAUGCCUAGGAGAAAGAUUACAAUAAAUGUCAAGUAGCUUAAACUUCAGGAGGAGGGAAGUUGUAAUGCAUUCUCACUAUUGCAAGCUCAUAACAGAGCACCUUGCAAUAAUGAGGGUCCAGAAACCAGUUGUUAACUUUACUGUACAAAGGACACAGUGAGAAACAGGUCCUCCGUGAAGUUUGGUGAUGAGUUGUUUUUACGUGUUAAAAGCAGGAAACCGCAGCUGAUUGACUAAAGCAAUAUAUAGUGGAAGAGAGAGCAGCCUGUAAUCGGUUAGAGUGUUUAGAGGGUUAGGAAAAUGGGAGGACUUAACUGUUGCACAAAAGUAGCCUAGCAGUAGCUUCAUGGUAAACGCGUCCAAAUAAGCCAUAUUGUAUUGCAGUGUUUGUUUAAAUAGGGUGUUUAAAAGAUUUUUGGGUCCUGUCCACUAGGAACUUCUCCUGCAAUAGCCCCAUGAAGCUGUUGGGGUUGUACAAAAUUUCCUGCCCAGGAAAAGCCUCUGUGGAUUGCUCCCUGUUGUUUGUUUUUUUAAAAAAUAUUUUUCCCUUUUCUUCAGAACUUCAAAAGCAACAUCUUCUGUCAGUUCACAUAACCUUAAAUUUUCUUGCUUCACGUUUUGUUCCCUUAAAAAAUGACAAUAUACAUUUACAAUGCUGUAAAGUUGAAGUAAAGGCAGACAUGUGUUAAACUGUUUAGAGAGAGAGGGAGGGAGGGAGAGAGAAAAAAUACCAGGGAAUUCUUCAUUAUAACUUUAUAUCUUUUACUGGCUAUGCCCAGCAGGCUGGGCAACUAAAGAAACAAACAGGAAAAGCCCCAAAUAGUUUUGAGGAAACCACUCAAAAAGCUGAUGGGUAACCAGCUGGGAAUUCCAGUAAAACUACAAACAUUUCUUUUUAAAGGGGCCUGUUUUUCUUAAGUGGCAUUUUGGAUUGGCUUUUCCUAAAUACUUCAAGAUUUGGGGUGUGUGGGUGGGACGGGGAACAUACUUUUGAUUUUAUUCAUUGGAGAGGGAGGGGACUGACCACUGCUUUCUUUUUUAUUGUUCUCAGCAAUGUAUUUUGGGGGAAGCUAUUAAUAAAUUUAUUGGUGGGACUUUGUUUUCUUAAAAAUGAAAAUUGCUGUGAUAUAUCCAUUUCACAGGGGGUCGGUAGAAAAGUGCGUAACUCAGGCACCACAGGUGUUCCACUUUCGUGAUUUCUUAGAACAUUCUGUAAUCUAAAUGGAUACCUUCUGCCUUAUCUCUAUAUGGGCAAUGCAAGCGGGAUUAUAGACAACAGACCUGUGUAUUUGCAGUUGCAAAGACGCAACCUGCAGUGGAAGGAGCUAGGUCAUGCGUAUACGCACAAUCUACUCUUCCUUGGACACUCUGGAGACUCCUAUUGGCUGCCAUCUUGCCUACAUAAUCUCUUAUGCUUUAAAUACAUAACUGCAUUGGAUGUGAAACGUAUCGUAAAACUGUUAUAGUCACUGUGUUCUAUAUACAUUUACACUGCUGUGGUUGCUUAACACUUUUUUAUGUUAUGGCUUCAGAAGCAAAACAAAAAGCAUGAUCCUUAAAUGAUAAGCUCUCCUUUCUUUGAAAAACAAAGCUCCUUAUGACAAAAUGUACACACACACACACACACACACAAAAGACAGUGGUGCCUGCAGUACAAGCCCAUCAGUCUUGAUGAAAUAGCGGAUGCAUUCUGCAAAUGAUGCUUCAAGAUUUUUUGCAUUCAACAAAUCCUUUUUUUAAAAAAAAAUCUGAAAAGGAUGCAGGCUGUCAAUAUAAUUUCCUGGCAAGCUUCAUUUUUUAAAUAAAUGGUUAUUUCAUAAGGGCUCAGCUGGGCUCUUGUGUAAUUCUCAUUCACUUCAUUGGGGCUUGGGUAGGAGGCACUCCUGAUGAAUUUCAUCCAAAAUUCACAUUUAGGAAACCUUUUGGAUGCAGCUGUACCCAGAAGUGCAGCUUCUUUAGUUCCUUAAGCACUAGAAUUACUCUCAAUUUUUAUUACACUAUUGCCAAAAUUCAAUGUUAACAUGUGACAAACCCAUUUGGAUGUUCUGUUGGGUCUUUUUCCUCCCCUUUUGUGUUCCUUGCCUAUUGUAAAAGCAGUGUCACCGUUUAAAAAACAAAAUGUUUCUAAUGGUAAGUUAUUGUGGUUUAGUUGCUAGUUUGUAUUGAGAGUUGACCUCUCUCCCAUGCAGCGUUUUUGUUCUGAACUGCUAUAAAUAAAAAUUACUGUUAACUGUGUUGCCCUUCUACAUUGUAAUGAUUGCUUCAGCCUAUAUUAUAAAUAAAGACCUGCUGAUAAACAUA